AUGGAUGACGACGGACCGGCAGCGGUGGACGACGCGGCGGCGGCGCUCGAGCAGCAGUUGGAGCAGCAGCAGCGUGAAGAGGCGGAGAGGAAGCGGCUGGAGGAGCUCCGAGAGCGGGUGCUAUUCUACCUGACCACGUUCUUCAUACUGCUGGGCAUCGUCAGCUUGUUCGUGUUUCUGUUCCUGGUGCCGUUCCUCAUCGAGCCGGCCAUCACGACUUUAUUAAUGGAGUUCGACGAGACGCCGACCACGUGCGUGACCGCCUACUCACAAAUCCGCGAGGGUGCAUCCAACUGCUCGUUGCCGGGUGGUUGGGCGUCUUGCCGGGAGGGCUGCACCCGAGAGAUAUAUGAGUGCGCGCAGAUAUUUGUCAACUAUACCGUACCUGAGGAUCGGGCGGGAGACUUAAAUGCCCGGCACCGGCGGUCGCUGCUCGUCCGCGGCUACCGGCCCAUCGAACCCGAGCCGGCUGCUGGGUGGGCGUAUUCCCUGGCCCGCAUAUACCCCAAUGUCAAGGGGUGCGGUUACCCGCCGCACCUGAACUGCACCGAGUUCCGGAACCGGUAUUUCGAGGUGGGUGCCAGCUACCCGUGCUACUACAGCCGCGUCGAACCGUGGGUGGUCAUCACCGAACUGGACCUAGCCAAGAGCACUAGACAGCUGGUGUACUCGAUGGUUUUCCCCAUUCCGUGUUUCGUCGUGUCCGUCGUGUACGUAGCGCUCGCGUAUUUCUGCGUGUAUGCAGGCCGGCACCGCAAGCCCAAGGUCAAGCGCCGCGUCGUCCGACGGAUGGUUGGCGGCGGCGGCGCCGUGACCGGAAGCGGUGCGGGCUACGGUCCUGGUGGUUCCGCGUCACGGGGCAAGUCUGCAGGUUCGGAGGCUACGCCGCUAACCAACAACAGCGGCGCAGCUGCCGUGCUUUUUUCGCCCACCGGAACCGGGACGCCCGGCAGCGAACCGUUGUACCGCCGACGAGGUGACGAGAACGAAGACGACGAUACGUCCGGAACGUACUACGGUGACCAGCUCAGGUCCACGCUGGCCGUGGACGACUCCGCCGCCGACUACGUGAAUGCGCUCCGUCUGUCCGAACACACGCUCAGACAAUCAGACUCUAACGAACCGUCCAGAGGCGAGUGGUCCGACGCCGACGGCGACUGCGACGAUGACGAUUGCGAAGCGAGCUUGUGCGAUAGCAGCCUCGAACAGUCCAGAAAAACUGUCUCCGCUACCGCCUCUACCGCACCGUUUCCAACCAAUUCCACCGGAAACUUGACCAAGACGAUGACGACGUGUAUCUUAACUCCUCCUGGGCCGACGGCGGAAGUCUGA